UUCUCCCGGUUUUUUUAAUCUUUUUUAUUUUCCCAUCUUCUGUCAACUUUGUUCUCUUAGCGGAAGAAGCGGCAGAAAUUUUCCCACCGCAGGUCCCGCACUCGAGUGCUCAACGGCCCAAAAAAAAAAAAACAAUACAAAAGAGUUAAAAAUAAUUCGCUUAUUAGUUAGCAUCCGGUUUGCUUACUUCUAAACUAGCUGUAGAAGCUAUCUGUUUUUGUAGCUAUGGUGUGAGAAUGAAUGGUGUGAAUUUUAUCUUUCGGAUAGCGAAACUGAAGCUUGAAACCCACGUUUCGAUUGCUACCGUAACGCUCUCUCCUUACUGAACUACUGACUUUGUGGAACGGUUCCUCUGCUAAGCUGUUGGUUUUGUGAAGCUGCCCUCCGGCGGUCUCCAUAUGCUGGGAAACAAGUACACAAGUCAAAGCCAAACCAGGGUUGGUAGACUGGUUCGUGAGAGAGAGCUCAGGAAGUUCAACAAAAUCUUCAACACUGAUGAUAAAGAUGCCACUGACAGCAGCAGGAAUAACAGUGGCAGUGAUUGCUCCCGUGAGCCCGAGUUCCUCCUUGGGGAUGAUAUGGGAUCCCGUGACGAUGAGAUGGUGGACGCCUCCCCUCGUGCUUCUAGGUCACUUGGAGGCGGAUUUGGGGCAUCAGAGGGGAAGCCCAUGAAGAAGCAGCGACUUUUAGUGGUGGCAAACCGUCUUCCUGUGUCUGCAUGCCGGCGUGGUGAGGAUUCUUGGUCGCUGGAGAUCAGCGCUGGAGGCCUUGUUAGUGCUCUUCUUGGUGUUAAGGAUGUUGAUGCUAAAUGGAUUGGAUGGGCUGGUGUAAAUGUACCAGAUGUAAUUGGGCAAAAGGCGCUUGUGAAGGCACUGGCUGAGAAGAGAUGCAUUCCGGUUUUUCUUGAUGAACAAAUUGUGCAUCAAUAUUACAAUGGCUACUGCAACAAUAUCCUAUGGCCGCUUUUUCAUUAUCUUGGACUUCCUCAAGAAGAUGGGCUUGCAACGACUCACAACUUCCAAUCUCAAUUUGAUGCAUAUAAGAAGGCCAACCAGAUGUUUGCUGAUGUUGUGAAUCAACACUAUGAAGAGGGGGAUAUUGUAUGGUGCCAUGAUUACCACCUUAUGUUUCUUCCGAAAUGCCUGAAGGACUAUAACAGCAAGAUGAAAGUUGGAUGGUUCCUUCACACCCCUUUUCCUUCAUCAGAAAUUCACAGAACCCUGCCAUCUCGAUUGGAGCUUCUUAGAUCUGUUCUUGCAGCAGAUUUAGUUGGAUUUCACACAUAUGACUAUGCAAGACAUUUUGUAAGUGCUUGCACUAGAAUUCUUGAACUUGAAGGUACGCCAGAGGGAGUAGAAGACCAAGGAAAACUGACACGAGUUGCUGCGUUUCCUAUUGGGAUAGACUCUGAACGGUUUCAACGAGCGCUUGAGCUUCCACCGGUCAAAGAGAAAAUCAAUGAAUUGACUAAAAAAUUUGCUGGACGGAAGGUGAUGUUAGGAGUUGAUCGGCUUGACAUGAUUAAAGGGAUUCCUCAGAAGAUUUUGGCAUUUGAAAAGUUCCUUGAGGAGAAUCCGGCCUGGCAUAAUAAAGUAAUCUUGCUGCAAAUUGCAGUUCCAACAAGAACUGACGUUCCUGAGUAUCAAAAGCUUACUUGUCAAGUUCAUGAAAUUGUUGGACGUAUAAAUGGACGAUUUGGAACACUAACUGCCGUUCCCAUACACCACCUGGACCGCUCCCUUGACUUUCAUGCAUUAUGCGCACUUUAUGCUGUUACUGAUGUUGCUCUUGUUACCUCACUGAGAGAUGGCAUGAAUCUUGUAAGCUAUGAGUUUGUGGCUUGCCAAGGUGAAAAAAAGGGUGUUUUGAUAUUAAGCGAAUUUGCAGGAGCAGCACAGUCUCUUGGAGCCGGUGCCCUUCUUGUAAAUCCAUGGAACAUUACAGAGGUUGCUGAUUCCAUUGCAAAAGCAUUGAACAUGGCUGCUGAUGAGAGAGAAAAGCGGCAUAGGCAUAACUACGCUCAUGUAACCACACACACAGCCCAAGACUGGGCAGAAACUUUUGUAAGUGAACUUAAUGAUACAGUUGUUGAAGCUCAAAUAAGAACAAAGCUGGUUCCACCGCUUCUUCCUUCUGAAAUAGCUAUUGGACAAUAUUUGCAGUCCAAGAAUCGUCUCCUUAUACUGGGUUUCAAUUCAACCCUAACAGAACUGGUUGAAUCCUCUGGUAGAAGGGGAGGCGAUCAAAUUAAGGAGAUGGAGCUUAAGCUUCACCUAGACUUAAAAGACCCGUUGAAAACGCUUUGCAAUGAUCCAAAGACUACUGUUGUUGUUCUCAGUGGAAGUGAUAGAAGAGUCCUUGAUGAUAAUUUUGGGGAAUACAAUAUGUGGCUAGCGGCAGAAAAUGGGAUGUUUUUGCGUCUUACAGAUGGAGAGUGGAUGACGACAAUGCCAGAACAUCUUAACAUGGAUUGGGUUGACAGUGUAAAGCAUGUUUUUGAGUAUUUUACAGAAAGAACGCCUAGGUCUCAUUUUGAGCAUCGGGAGACCUCACUCGUAUGGAACUACAAGUAUGCAGAUGUUGAAUUUGGAAAACUUCAAGCAAGGGAUAUGCUGCAGCAUCUAUGGACAGGUCCAAUUUCUAAUGCAGCCGUUGAUGUAGUCCAAGGCAAUCGAUCAGUUGAGGUCCGUUCAGUAGGAGUCACUAAGGGCGCUGCGAUUGAUCGAAUAUUGGGAGAAAUUGUGCAUAGCAAGAAGAUGGUUACACCAAUAGAUUAUGUUUUAUGCAUCGGACACUUUUUGGCAAAGGAUGAGGACAUAUACACUUUCUUCGAGCCAGAGCUUCCAUCAGAACCUUUCAAUUCUGCUCGUACGAAGACAGCCGAAGUAAUGAAGGCCCCUGCUGAGAAGAGGCAUAGCGGGAAGCAAACAAACAUCAAGAACAGUUCAAAAACAUCACAUUCAAAGAACCAGAAGCCGAACUUAGCAUCAGAAAGGAAGGUGUCUUCAGCAAGUCAAAAUAACAAUCCAAAUUCUCGUUUGUCUCCGCAAGAGAUGAUGUCCUGGCAAGAGGGCUCUUCUAUUCUUGAUUUGAAGGGAGACAAUUACUUCUCAUGUGCCGUUGGAAGAAAACAAUCGAAUGCGAGGUAUCUAUUGAACUCUUCGAAGGAGGUAAUGUCAUUUCUGAAGCAAUUGGCUAUGUCUUGCAGCCAGAAUGGUCAUUUCAGUGCCAACCACCACCAUUGCAACGGUAAUGGAAGGUCUUGAAGAGAUGGUGAUAACAUUUAUAAGGUUAGUACGUUGUUCUCAGAUCUGGAAGUAUCUAGUAAUCUAUUUUAUUAUCAUGUUAGUUAUAUUGUUGUUGUGUCCAAUGCUAGAGAAGCUUUUUUACAUGAAGUGAUAUUUAUGAAACUCUAUGAUGUUGUAGAUAUAUUUCGUCUCUUGUUUAUAGUCUAACUGUCCAGUUAUUUUAUAAUGAUUGCUAUGUUUUGAUUUCUUUA